AAUAAUCUUAAAUCUUAAUCCUCUUCUAUCCACUAUCCAUACAAAGUUUCAUGGCAUAUUUUCUCCUUUUUUGUCAUGUUAUUUUUAUCGGUUUACUCUCAUCCGUUUCUUCUCGAGGUCCAGUUUAUCGGCCACCAUCAGUUGAGCAAUUAACAAACCGUUUCCCUCGUAUACCCAUCACCCAAGGGAUGUCAACUUUGUUUGGAUCAUCAAAUAUUCAUCUGAAAGGCAACGGAUCAUAUGCUGAUAUCAUUUUAGACAAAACCUCAGGUUCUGGAUUGGUUUCAAAGAACACAUACUACCAUGGAUUCUUUAGUGCUGCAAUAAAGCUGCCAAUGGGGUUUACUUCAGGGGUAGUACUCGCUUUCUAUAUGUCUAAUGCAGAUGUAUUUCCACAUAACCAUGAUGAGAUAGACUUUGAAUUACUUGGCCAUGAGAAAAGAAGGCAAUGGGUUCUCCAAACAAAUAUGUAUGGCAAUGGAAGUGUCAAAACCGGAAGAGAAGAAAAGGUUUACCUCUGGUUUGAUCCCACUCAGCAGUUUCAUCAAUACACCAUCCUUUGGAACAAUCACCACAUUGUGUUUCUAGUAGACAAUAUACCUGUAAGAGAGGUGAUCCACAAUCAAGCUGUUUCAUCUGUGUACCCAUCCAAGCCAAUGUCGCUGUAUGCCACCAUAUGGGACGCUUCAGAGUGGGCGACAAAAGGAGGAAAGUACCCUGUGAACUAUAAGUACGCACCAUUUGUGGCUUCGAUGGGUGAACUGGAAAUGGUAGGCUGUUCGAUGCAGAAAACAAGCUCGCCAAUGGCUACUGCUGGAUGUUCAACGAAUGCAACCGUUUCGAGCUUGGAUCCUGUUGAAGGAAAAGAGUACGCAACGCUAUCAAAACAGCAGAUGGCUGGUUUGAAUUGGGUAAGGAGAAAACAUAUGUUUUACUCAUAUUGUAAAGAUACGUCAAGAUAUAAGAUGAUGCCAGCAGAAUGCGGUGCUCAAUAAUUCUUUGUAAUUAAUUACAUGGCAACGGAAAAUGUUGUAGAGAAAGAAAAGAAGAAAU